AGAGGCUCCGGAUUCACUUCCGCCGUGCUUGCACCUCCUCUUGCGCUGUCCUGUUAAUGGCGGGCGGUGGCUGCUGAGCGGGUCGUAGAUAACCGCUGCCCUCACGGGGAAAGCCUCCCCUGCCUCCCCCUUUCUGCUUGCCGCCCGUGUCGAACCUCGGCAGCAUGUCUGUGGUGCCGCCCAAUCGCUCGCAGACCGGCUGGCCCCGGGGGGUCAAUCAGUUCGGCAACAAGUACAUCCAGCAGACCAAACCCCUCACCCUGGAGCGCACCAUCAACCUGUACCCUCUUACCAAUUAUACUUUUGGUACAAAAGAGCCCCUCUAUGAGAAGGACAGCUCUGUUGCAGCCAGAUUUCAGCGCAUGAGGGAGGAAUUUGAUAAAAUUGGAAUGAGGAGGACUGUAGAAGGGGUUCUGAUUGUACAUGAGCACCGACUACCCCAUGUGUUACUGCUACAGCUGGGAACAACUUUCUUCAAAUUACCUGGUGGUGAACUUAACCCAGGAGAAGAUGAAGUUGAAGGACUAAAACGCUUAAUGACAGAGGUUUUUAAAAAAAGUAAUCAAGAAAUGGUCAUAAAAAGGUGUUUUUCAAAGUGUAACUUUAUACUGGAGACACCUGACAAACACUACCUCAGCCAGAUACUGGGUCGUCAAGACGGAGUUCUGCAAGACUGGGUCAUUGAUGACUGCAUUGGUAACUGGUGGAGACCAAAUUUUGAACCUCCUCAGUAUCCAUAUAUUCCUGCACAUAUUACCAAGCCUAAGGAGCAUAAGAAGUUGUUUCUGGUUCAACUACAAGAAAAAGCGUUGUUUGCAGUCCCUAAAAAUUACAAGCUGGUAGCUGCACCAUUGUUUGAAUUGUAUGACAAUGCACCAGGAUAUGGACCCAUCAUUUCUAGUCUCCCUCAGUUAUUGAGCAGGUUCAAUUUUAUAUACAACUGAAUUCCUGCACAAUGGAGAGGAAAAAGAAGCCGUCUCUGUGAGCACAGCUAGAAGAAUAAACGUGGUAGAAAAGUUUUUUGGUUUUAUCUCUUUCCCAAUCCUUCAAUUGCCGCCUACUUUCUAUUGUUUGAAUAGUCAAGUUAAUAUGAAGAACUGGAUAGUGGUGAAAACAAAUGUGAUAAUGUUUAUUUACUUUAGAUUCAACUCAUACUUUUUUUUUUUACAACAUUAAAGAAAAUGGAUUUCUUUC